UUUUGCAAUAAUCAAAAAGGCUGACUGCAUCAUUUUACGAGAAAGAUGUGAUUUUUUCUCGCGACUGGUCGAAAAGCUGCCUCUUUUGUACAUUUAUCUUCCAUAACUCACCCUAAUGGAAUGAAUUAUCUGUUUUCCCAUGAAUUUUAUCGUGAGAGUUUUGAUUUUUGAACUUGUCGAAUUAUCUACGUUCAGUUAGACCCCAUGCGUGUAUGCUCUGCAGCAAUUGAGUGAAAUAUAGUCCCAACCUUUUUCAUCCCCAGUUUAUGGUCUAGCAACGUCCCUGAAGUCUUCUAACAGUGUGGCAAAAAUUAUCCAUCUGAUCUCUCCCCGUAAGAUCAGUUGCCUCAUACCUCUAGUAUGCAUCUAGCAUGCAUAAAAUUUCUUUCUUUUGCCUAAUUUUUCUAAAAGAGAGUUAUUUUGGAUUGUAUAUGCAUCAUCAGCUUGGAAACCUCUGUCCCGGUUUCUUUUAAGAGUUUGCACAUUUCCCCAAGAUGUCAUCAGGCAGGAAUAUCAGAAUUUUAUGCAAAUUUCACUUUUUUGUCAUUUUUACAUAAAGGGAAAUGCUACCAUGCAUUUCUAUCGCCUUCAAAGCUUGAAGUUUCUGCUUCAGAGAUUCUACGUAAGCAAAGGAAUUUUUAUAAGAUGCAUAUUCUCUGUGCCCUCCCCCAUUUUCGGGGUGCCAAGGUUUUGAUAUCAUUUUCCCUAAGCAUUUUGAGUCUUUUGUCUCCAGCAUGUAAAUCUCUAAAACACAUCCCCAAGUGCAUGACGGAACUUCUAUUUACUUAUUCUAUCCAACUGAGCCCAGUUGAUUAAUAUUUAAACAGAAAAACCCGGCACUGAUUAAACAAGCUCAAUGCGAAUUUCCUAACUAACUAGAAAAGGUUUCGCUUUGAAGAAGUUAGUCCUUUCGAUUGUUAUCCAUUAUUAAUUCCCAGUAGGCUCUUACGAUUGCCCACUCGUCUUAACAACUGUGCAUAUUAAGCUUUUUAAUUUUUAAUUUGUGAAUGCAAAUGCUUUUCAACUGUUCUUAUGGGUCAACUUCUUAGUUUACAGUUAAAUUCUAGCUAGGCCCUCCAGGACAACCUGCUUCUCUACUUUCAAGUUUGGUAUGUUUCUUUUGUUUUCUGCUUAUUUUUUGCACUGAUGUUCAUGCCGACUAUUGAUACAGCUUAUAGUGCUGUUAAAUGUUUCAUAGAAUUGACUAUGAUAAAAUUAGUUAUUUUAUUUGGUAGCUCAUGUAUUUCUGCUCGUUAAAUAUACCUUUGAAAAAUAUACCUCUUCUUCAUUACAAUAUCCAUGGGGUUGUACGUUUAGAAGGAAUAGUUGCCCUUAGAAAAUUUUGGAAAGCUUUGGAAACUUCUUAUAUUGCUAAAUUGGAAUAUAGCUUAAUCAUAUAUAAGAUCUUAAGCAAACUACUAUACCUCUGUAUAUAGAAAUAUCAUUAUUUUGUUAGUUUGGUGUCUAAAAUUGGGAAAAUAUUGUCAUAACAAAGCUAAGGCUGGACACCCCAUGGCGUAUUAUUAUUGUUAUUAUUAUUAUUAUUAAUACUUUGAUUUAAAGUUGGCUGUUCGAAAUAGCUAAAAAUAAAAGCUAAUUAAGGCCAACUAUUUACAAAAGGUGUAUACAAAGAAAAUACAUAAUAAUUACAAAAAACCUAAACCAUAUAUAAAAGUUUUGCAAAUCCUACAGUUGCAGUGUUUGCAUUUUGUUUUCUUAAGAUGUUUUUUAAAAACAGUCCAAAAUAGGGCGAAGCAACAACAGUUCCACCUUGGUAGUGUUAUUGUGAGAUCGAAAACCGAAAGACCAUUAUUGAAUAUUACGUAACAGCUUCGCGGAGUAGUCAGUCUAACCACUACUCUUCAAACAUUUAUUGCCAUGCUGACCAAGACUUUACAUUGCAUUCAAAAUGACCUUUCACCUUGCUAAAUACGGUAUGAGCGUGAAGAAAACUGCUAUGUGAUUAAAGUUUGAUUAUGCUAUCAAAUUUUAGGAAACCGUUGCUAAACUUAAUACCACAAUCUUUCAAGCAUAUGUUAAACACCCAAUAACCGCAUAUGUUAAACAUAUUGAAAUGCUUAUACAAAACUGACAGGGAAUCAGUCAGAAAGGAUGUCCACACUACAGCAGAGGUCUCCCAGCUUUGUAGACCAUUGGCCUGUUCUUGGAAUCCUCGAUCCCUUCUUGGAAUCCUCGAUCUCUUUUGUAAUCCUCGAUUAUUUUGCGCCUCAAGCAUAUACAAAACAUACAUACUAACAAAUAUUGAGUUGCGAAGUUUCAAAUGCAUCUACCAGUCCCUUUGAUAACCCCGUAGACUGCUAGGAGUUGAUACUUUGAAGGUCCCUGUUCCAGAUUUUGUUUGAUUUUAUGGAAGACAAUACAUUUGUCUAUGUUAUUUUGUAAUGUAUUUUUAUUUUAGGGGGAGGGGGAUUCGAAUUUACAGGAGCACUUGAAAGUAGAACAUUGCAAAAUUUGCAUUUUGUCUAAAAAGUUUGCCUAGAAUUGUAAUCUUCUGUUUCAUCUCCAUUCUAAUUUUUGUCCAUAUUAACUAUCUACCAAUAGCCUACCUUCUCCCAAACAACAUGGCGAACAUAAAAACUCAAUGAAACAAUCGAUUUGUAUGAUAUAUGGAUUUUGAUACAUUUAGAGUUGCCUUGCUGAGCCAAUAAAUUUCUUCUUUAUGUUCUGAAAUUCUCCCUCAUCCUUUGUCUUAUUUUCACCUCAUUCCUCUCUGUUAAUGUCAACAGAAUUGUUUUUUAAAGUAAGGGAAAAAAUUAUUCAAUGCAAAGUAAAUUUCAUCGAUGACUGGAUCACCUUGAUGAGGUCAAAAGUUCCUUCUACUGAUAACUGAUCACUGGCCAAUGAUCAUCAUAUUAAAACGUGCAAAUCAAGGUUUUUGGGCGGGGGGGGGGAACUGACUUGCACAGCCAUUUAUAAAUUGCACCUUUGUCUUGAAGGGAAGCUGGAUGUCUUGAAAGAAAAUUUGUGGAUGUUUCCUCCCAGAUACAUCCUGGUGUCUCUGAUUUUUAAAUGAGACAUGUUAAGGCCUCGUUUAUUUGUCGACGAAGGACUGGUGAAUGCACUGUAAUUCUCCUGGUCAAAUAAGUUGAUGUUAUUGAUUUUUUGUAAAUAUUUAAUCACUUGCUUGCAAAAUAUUGUUUUUCUUUUAGUAAUCCACUAAUUCUUUUAAUUGCAAGGUCAAUCACCAUAUCAAUAGUUGUGAAAUCCCCUUUUUGACAUUGACUUGGUUGUAAAGAUUUGACAUGCAUAAAUACAGCGAAUCCAAAAAUAGCUUUUAUCAAAUUGAUCAGAGCACGCGCACAAGAAGGGAAUUGGAAACUGCUUACGCAAAAACUCUGCGCGAUGCUGUAGGAUUUCACUGAUUUGCAGAAAGGCGAUAACUGUUCACAUGUUUUUCUCUGUAUGCAAUUUGAUUGGUCAACCGCUCGUUGACGAGCUGUAAGCCACUUUUACCUGUGCCGAAUGCCUUUAGUUUUGGACUGACCUCAAGCUUCCAAGAUUAGAUUUUCAUCUUUUGAGGCCAGCUUUGCCGGGGAAAAGGGUUAAAAAGAGUGACGGUUUUUUCUAACAAAAGAAAAACACCUAAGGAAUCUACCGGACCACACCAAACCUCUAAAUUUUACAUAAAGUAACAUUGUUUUGAGGGGAAGGGUUGGCGAAAUUGCUACAUGCUGGUGACUCAAGUUUGGUAGUACAACAGAUAGAGGAAACGAAAGACAACGAUUCAUUGUUUAGGCUCAACUUCUAAUUCCAAUAGCGGACUGGAUAAUUGCCAUCUAUCAUAACCCAAAUUCUAGUUUAAAUUCCGUUCCGAACUCUGAUCCGUUUUUAUUCAAAGUCUAAUCAAAUCUCAUCUAGACUUAUUUCCAUGGCAUAUUUCAACAUGUAUUGUAAAUGACUACAGUAACAACAACUGUUAAGGCCUAAGUCAUGCAGUAAUUUUGUUACAGAGAGAACGUUUGUAAUAGGAAAUGUUCAAAAAUUGACUGUAGCCUGCCAAGAAUUUUGGCAGGAAAUGUAGAAUAUUAACAGUCAUGGUUAUCCAGCACUUUAGUUUAUCUAUUACAACACCCUGUUUCUUAAAUAAUCACUUCUUAUUCCUAUUUUUGUUUUGUCAAUUUUCCCAGGUUUAAUUUUUUGCCGGCUUCAUAGGUUUUUUUUAUCUAUACACAGUUUUUCUUCGACGCCACUCGAGUCUAUUUGAAAGACGCCUGCUCUUCCAUUUGGUCCUGUUCUACAUAGGUCCAUGAUAACAAAAUGGAGAAGCAUCAUUAUUUCUCAUUUCUUUUUUAACCUGGUAUUGGAGGUUGAGAACACGCCCUUUUCCACCACCUCCGUGCUAUAUAUACGGUGGUUUUUCCCCAGACAGAUCUCCAAAUAAUAUACCCUUACCCAAUGCAUUUUUAUCAAUUUCUUAAAGAAUUAUGUACAAUAUUUUUUUUAAGAUUGCAGGCCACCCCCCCCCCCCCUCCUUCCUCUAUACUCAACUUGGUGCAAGCGCUGAAACCUGGACCUGUCGAAAAAUACAUGACCACAUUAGCUAAGCUAUGUGCUACUUUAACGUGUCUGUCCUACAUAAAUAACAUUUACACCUGGCCUGAAUUAAUUUGGCAGCCUCUUUUACUUGUUGCUAAUUUGCAGACAUCGUUAAUUGGCUGCAAAAUCUCAAGUGUACCAUUGCAAGCUCCCUUGCAGAGUUCGUGGCAUUUUCAUUAACACGCUGAGCUAGAAGCGACCAGAAUUCUGCUAUUUUGCCCUCGAGUAUUAAAGAAUUGGAGGUCGUCUGGUUGACUCGCGGCCGCAGAAGGCAGUUAUCCUACAUCCAUAAUUGAUAGAUGGAUAAAUUUAGGUAGCAAUUUGAAAGUACCUGUCAUUCUUGUUAUAAGAGAAAAAUAGACAUAAAGCCCAAUGAAAUCAAAGCUUCUUAUAACUGCGCUCGUGAGCACUAAACUGACUCCUGGAUAGACUCUGUGGUGAGUCUCAGAUUUGUAGCUUAGUAUAUGAUUUGUUUGCUUGUAUUUGCCGUUUUAAUACACUUAUAUCUAUAUUCUCAAUCAGUGGGUGCGUUUUCUGUGACAUAAUGCAGCAUAAGAAGUCUCUUCUUGUUAACGAGAUUGAUGUUGGUAUAUUUGUUGCUGAUUGCUGGAAACAGUAGACCAGCCGUGAAUCAAGCAGUUAUCUUUAGUAAGUACGGUACAGAAACUGCUAGAAAUUAACUAGAUUCUUCAAAUUAGUGUUAAAAGCCCCUUUUUUGAAUAGUUGUGCAAAGAAAAAUAGAUAUAAAGCCAUUCAAUAAGAAAUUCAGCAAGGGCAAAAAAGGUUUAGCAAGGGCUCGAAUUUAUUGAUUAAUUGAGUCUAUCUAUACUCAAUGAUAAACUGGCAAGUAAAGAGUAUUCUUGCUACCUUUUUUAAGAACGUAAUGGAAACAGUGAAGGCGUUUUCGAUCCUUGAGCUUUACCAAUGGUCGUUGUCUCAUUAUUUGCUCUUAACAAGCAUGUUUUUACGAAUACCUUAGAAAUUGCAAUCUGGUCUUAAAAAAUUUGUGAGUACCUCAUUCUUCAAAGUGAGUUAUACUAUCUCAGCUUUUGCUUUCCGUUAAAGAAAUGGAAGGAAACAAUUAAAGGAAAUCAGGAAAGAUGCUAACAGCCGAUUCUAUUGUUUCCAGUUUUCAUCUUAUCUGUCAGUAAAGGCCUAAAUGUUACGGUUACAAUGUAUUUCCAGCCUUUAUUUCCUGUCUUUAAUUUAUCAUCUACUCUGCUAGUUUUUUUUCUAGAGUUUUGUGCUUACUUCAAAUUUGUCGCCAGAAAGAUUUCUCUUUCUCUUAAAUACAGUACUGGUUUCCCUUCUAAAGUUAUCUUUUCGAAUUUUUCUACAUUCUUUUGUUGUUAAACCAUUGUACAAUUUUCAAAAGGAACUAUUUCUAGAUAAUAUUCAUACCUUAAAAAGAUUACAGGCCCUAAUAAUCCAUUUAUAUACCAUGAUGAAGACAUGAUUAGGUCACACAGAUAACAAAAUGAAUCUCGCAAUGUUCUCAUAUUUAAACAGAGCCCUCAGUCAAAUAAUAAUAAUUACAAGCGUUCUGUUGGUUCGGAACUUUUGGUUCGGAAAUGGAUCGUUACGUCACUGUGCUCGUUUGCUCCAUUGCUGCUUCUAGAAGGACAAGGGUAAAGCAGUUGACAAGAACAUGAAUGGAAGGCUGUUUCCAGCAUUUGACAUUCAUCGACACGGGCUUGCUGCUGCCUAUCUUCUGAAUAGGAAAUCAAAAGGGGAGAUGUUUUCAAAAGUGGAAGAUGGAGAUACGUGCACAAGGGAAAUGACAGCAAGCGAUAAUUUAAGGAGGAUCACAGACGGCAUUUCUGAUAUAAAGAUAGUCAAUAAAGAAGUCUGGAGACCUCUUCCGCGCUUUCAACGUACAAAGAAAUUUCCUAAGGAAGAUCUGACGGCUGAUGAAGACAAGAAACCUUUGUCAUCAUGUAUUGCUUGCAAACUGAAGAGCCCAAAGCAAAGAGAUACAGUACCUGACAAAAUUGAAGACCUCAGUGCAACAGCAGAAAUGGAUCUUACUGCAAAGAGCUGCAUUGAAAGUGGCGCUGAGUUCAAGGUACUUUUUGUCCCAGGCUAUGAGGUUGAGAGAAAAGCUGAAUAUUACGAAGAUCCUCUUAAAAUUGGUGGGCUUAACGUGACGUCGAUCAAACGGGCUUCUGUUAACCGACAAGACCCGUUUUUAAGUCGAGUAGUAGCCUUACGAAAGCUAGACGACGAGACAACUGCGACAGAGGAUAAGCAAAAGAGGUUGGAAAACCUUCUUUAUCCAUCGCGAUACAACGGAGCAUACCGAGAACGGAAGAUUUCGAUCGAGCGGCGGAUCAACACGGUAAAGUCGCCGCAAUGCGGAUCGUCUGCUGACUGCCCGUUUAAGGCCAGAGGUGCACUAUCUACUCCGUCGAGGAGAAACAGGGUAACAGGGGGUAAAAAGGGGUUCAAUUCUGUCGAAGGUAUUUUUGACACGGCAAAGAGUUCACACAAGAGAGUUGUAUCGGAUUAUAAAGCGUUGACUUAUGUUUGCGACCGAACAUCGAGUGAGGAUGCAGAUAGCCUUAAAGGUAAUGAGCAGUCAAACAAUGCAGUGAAAAAGGUAUCUGCGAAAAGCCCACGGAGAAGACGCAGUAAAUGUGGCGCAUCUCCUGAUUCGAAAACAUCGCAAAUAUUUGACGCAACUGAUGUUACAGUAAAGUACGUCGUCCCUUGCGGCGAGAAAAUAAAAGACGCAGGAAAAAGGAAAAGGCAAAACUCUUCGCCUGGAAAAAGUUUUUUUUCACAAAGGAAAAAUUCACUGACAAAGCUGAGCAAUAAAAGGCCAGCAACGGCUGAGGUAAGAAAGAAGAAGACUAACACACCAAAAAGGCCUAAUACAGCCAGUGUAGAUACAAGAAAGCAAGCCAAUGAAAGAGUUUAGGCAGUAUUCUCUCUCGAAUUCAUUCAAGGUUACAAUUCAUUCUAACUCUUUAUACAAUCUAAACAGUUUGUAAAAGGGGGCUUCUAAGCAAAAUAUUUUUUGUGGGGUCUUUUUAAGGGUUUGGCAGUCAGUGUUAGUAAGAUGUUAAUGGCCUACUGUGUUCAAACCAGGGUUGCCAGAUGGAGUUUUCUAAAGAAGGCCAGACGGAUGACAAACUCAGGCCAAAAUGCUCAUAAAAAUGCAAAAUCAAAACAUUUCGCAGAAAUACACCGCGCAAGCGUAGUUUGAAUUUCCACGGAAGAGCCUAGAAAAUAAUUCAACAAACUCAAACAAAAAACCGAGAAACGUACGCUUUAAAUAAUCCCUUCGCCAAUCAUUAGGUCAGGCAAUGAUAUUUGACGUUUGGGUCCACGCUGUGUAUCACUGCUCUUUGCAUAAUUUGUUUGGCCUUUAGAGUAAAGGAACGCCCUUAAAACUUCUGCUGAAAAAGGGCAGAAAGGCCAAAUUUAAGAAGUAUGCCAAAAACAAUUUUCCAGGCCAUUUUACGCUUUAGAAGGCCAAAAUUGUGAAAUUUGGCCUCAAAAGGGACAAUAUGGCAACUCUGGCUCAAACCCAAGAAUAUUUUGCAAACUUGUGCUACUGAGCGAAGCAGAGUUAUCUUUUUAUUUUUAAACGUGCGGCGAGUGAAACACGCUGCAGAGUGAACCAAAGUUUGCAAAAGUAAGGCUUGGGCAAAGGGUUGUUUGUUUACAUAUUAUUCAGUUUUUCAUCAUCCUAUGUGAUAAAACUUAGGUUUUUGUUCGUCGUAGAUAAUUAGAUGUUUAUCUAGCUUAUAGAUAAGCGUUUCGAGUCUAGUAGGCAAUUGUCAGUUUACAAGGCGCACUUAUAACAUCAUUCAUGUAGGGAUCUCAAGAUUUAGAAAAUUGAUAACUGGGACAAAAUUCAAUUAUAAAUGUAGCGUUUUUAAAUGUAAAUAAGAGAAUGUAAAUUUGUCAACUUCAUUAACUUAUUUACAGGUCUUAAAGUUAGUUUGAUAAUUUAAAUUGAUAGUUUGAUCAUCUUUAAAUUAGGAAUAUUGCAAUUAUAGACGAGAGGUGACAAAA